ACAAAAAUUUACUUAAUUAAAUAUAUUUUAAUUUUUAUCAAAGAAAAACAUCAUGAAAUUACUUAAAACAUUAAUAAGAAGAAGUACGCAAAAGAACCCUGAAGGAAUAAGUAAAUGAGACCCAGGCAGACAGAGGAAGAGACAGAUAGAUAUCACUAUUGUCAUAUAUUCAGCAUGUUUUUAACAAUUUCCCGCUGUCUGCCGCUGUGCUGUUAACACAAAUGCUUGACAAUUUGUUAUUAUCAAUGUUUCAAAUGAUUGUCAUUGUCGUCGUUGUUGCUAUUGUUACUAUUAUUUUUGCUGUUAUUGUUGAUAUUGUUGUUGUUUUAGUAUUACUAUGCCAUUGUUGACUGUGUUACACAAACAACACGGAAACGUUAACAAUUGUCGUUUUAGUUUUUUCUGUUUCCUUUUUUUCCGUUGACUGUGUGCGUGUACAUAUGUAUGUGUUUGUCUCUCCGUGUGUGUAUGUGUGUAUACAUAUGUGUGCGUAUAUUUACUAACAAAACCACCUUCUUCAUUCGCUUUUUUUUAUUUUGUUUCUAUGAUCUGCUAAAGAGUACUUAUAUAUGUUGUCAUAAACACUUGCUUAUAUGUAUGUAUUCUCACAGUCUAUAUACGGGCUGCUUAAAGCAUUGAUAGCAACAGCAACAAUAUCAGCAUUGUCGUUUUAUCAUCAACAACAUCCUUGUAGGAUUUUUGUAAACGUAAGAGUGUUAAAAAAACAAACAAAGGAGAACAAAAGAAAACAAAGCAAAACUUGAAAUAUGUAAGCGAAAAAAACAACGCAUAUUCGCACACAUGUACAUUUAACCGCUUGGGAAAAAAAGCUCGUAAAAUAUUUUUGGCUUUACGGUGUUAAUUUGAAUAUUCAUUGUUGACAAGAACAGCAUUUGGAAGAAAAGAAAAAACAAAAAAAAAAAGACAAGAAAAAAAAGGAACGAAAAAAGGAAAAAGAAAAACUAUUUCUUGUUUUGUUAAUACAACUUGUGAAGUAUGGCUGCUUAUGCACAGUUUGGAUAUGGUUCAACUUAUCCGUCGGCUAAUCAGUUACUUGGCGGUGGUGUGGCUCAAUCUGUUACGGCACCGUUGGCUAGCAGUGCCCCCUCGCCGCUGUCCGGCUCAAAUGAGAAUUCUUUAAGUCCAUCAGGUGGUUCGGUCGCUUCGAUUUCCAAUGGUCCCUUAAGUCCAGGUGCAAUUUCGCAGACAUCAACUAACAAUGCGGGCAGUAUGCCGUCAAAUCCUUCAGCUUCUUUAAUGACACCAGCAACAACAGUAUCCGAUGGUACAUCAGCGACGACAGCAGUAGCAGCGGCAGCAGCGGCAACGGCAGCUGAUGUGAUGAAUCCAAUAAAUGCAGGUUCUUCGCCAUCUUGCUGUGAAAACGGACGUCCGAUUAUGACAGAUCCCGUCUCUGGCCAAACUGUAUGCUCGUGUCAAUAUGAUUCGGCUCGUUUAGCAUUAUCUAGUUACUCACGCAUGCCUGCGACGAGUGUUGGUGUCUAUGGGUCGCCCUAUCCCUCCACCGAACAGAACCCCUAUCCCAGCAUCAGUGUAGAUAGUUCAGCGUUCUAUACACCAUUGAGCAAUCCCUACAGUUUAAAAGAAAACUCCAGUGGCAGUGAUAUGACUACUUGGACUUCAGCCGGAUUACAACCAACUCCCAGUUAUUAUUCAUAUGAUCCUACAUUCGCUUACGGUUAUGGCCCAUCGUAUGAUUUGGCCGCUCGUCGUAAAAAUGCUACUCGAGAAUCUACGGCCACUUUAAAGGCUUGGUUAAACGAACAUAAAAAGAAUCCCUAUCCUACAAAAGGUGAAAAGAUCAUGUUGGCAAUUAUCACUAAAAUGACGUUGACUCAGGUAUCCACUUGGUUCGCCAAUGCUCGACGGCGUUUGAAAAAAGAGAAUAAAAUGACUUGGGAACCGAAAAAUAAGACAGACGAUGACGAAGAUGCUAUGCUAUCGGAUGAUGAUAAAGAUUGCAGCAGUGCAGAUAUGGAUAAAGUAGGUGGCACUAUAUACUCUCAAAUGCAAAAAGAUAAUGAUAUAAUGAAAAAUGACCUACAAAAGAAUCAUCAAAAAGAUAACAACAACGAUUUAAAUGACGACAAUAACAAACCAGAAAAUUUAAGUGCUACCACAGCUGCUUAUAAUAUGACACAUGGCAAUAUUUAUAGUCCCUAUCAGUCGGCUCAGCAUUUACAACAUUCCUAUGCCUACCAAACAGAUCUGCAAAGUUACUCGAUGGUUUAUAAUACACCAAACGCCCCUAGAGACGAUUGUGGCAUACCGUUGCCAGCUAGUAAGCCGAAAAUCUGGAGUUUAGCUGAUACGGUGGCCUGUAAAACACCACCUCCCCAUAGUAUGUAUGGUAUUUCAAGUGCUGUUCAUCAUCAACAAUCACCAGCGCAAGCACAAAUUAAUGGACAAACACGUUCAUAUUAUGCUAAUAAUGGACAAAUGAAUCAUGCGGGAAUAUCUAAUAAUUCUACAGCCUUGACUCUGAUGAGCAAUUAUGUGAAUAAUACAACAUAUGCCAGUCGUUCAGCUAAUAACAAUAACGGAGAUGAUGGCAAUUAUGGUGCAGCAGGUUCUCAACCGCAUGGCUAUCAUGGCAAUAUGAAUGCUAUGGCUAACAUAAUGCAAACCCAGCAGCAACACCUUCAACAUCAACAGCAGCAGCAAUAUCAAUGUAAUACAAUAAACCAAAGUCAGCAACAACAACAACAACAACAGCAACACCCACAUCAACGUUUGGGGUUCCCCGAAAUACAACCGGAUACACCACCUCAGACACCACCCAAUAUGAAACCAGGCCAGAGCCUAAAUUCUCUAAUGCUUACACCUCAUCAUACAAUCAACUAUUUACAUAACAAUCCAACAGCAGCAGCAGCAGCAGCCGCAAUAGCAGCAGCAGCACAUAACGUUUCCUAUACUAGUGAUAUGUCUACGACAGCAACUCAAAGCAGUAACGGAGCUGGCGGUGGAGAAUGUUCGGGUGAUAGAGCUCAUAAUAUGGAAAUGCGAUAAUUAUGCAAAUGAAGUACAUUUAAUAAUAAUAAUAA